UUCCUGAUCACAAUCGCUGACACAGUGACAAGUUAGUGACACGCACUGCACUGAUCACUGAUAAUAUUUCGUUGUUUUAAAAACCAGAGGAUAUUUGAAAAAUGAGCAGGCUCUUAGACGAGACAUGUGAUGAUAUGUUCAUCCAACAAAAGCACUGUGUUCUCUUCUGAGAUGAAGAAGCGUUGCAUUGAGUCGGCUCAAGAUGGCAUUGCUUGCAUGGACAUUGUUCCCUAGGAAAACGUCUGGCAGUGUUUUCAGAUGCCAAAGGGUGCAAGGGUUCUGUAUUUAUCUCUUGAUGCUGCUGGCUAGUAUUACGCAGACGGACAGCAACAACGUGACUACAUCUAUGGAGUUUGAGUACACCACUAUAUUCAUUACUAAUUCCACCAUAGAAAUGUUCAUUCCAUCUACAUCUAUAACAACACCUACACCGUCAUCACAACCAUCAUCCUUGGUGGAAUCUUCUUUCAAUAUGACACCCUCUACAGCCGUAUACCCAUCUCCUACUCCAUCUGGAAUAUCUCAAAUAUGGACUAGUGAUGUCACAAUGUAUACUGAAAUAACCUCUGGUCUUGUUUCCACAAUGUUAAAUCCAACAAUAAUGUCUACACCAGUAACUCCUAUGUCACGGACAUCCUCAUUAUCACAAAGUUUGGUGAGUCCGAUAGCAUCGCAAACUGUGAUUUCAACGGAAGGGGUGCUUCUGACAUCAUCUGUACUGGAAUAUUUGUCACCAUCCUCUAUGGAAUCCUCGUCUUCACCAUCCUCUUUAUUGGGUACAACAUUUAUAAAGUCAACUCCAUCAGUAUCGAUGCCACCAUCUGUUCCCAUGUCAACAACUUUUCCAGUCUCAUCGUUAUCACCUUCAUCAUCACCUCUAUCGCCAUCACCAUCACAGUCACUGUUCCCAUCUUCCUUUCCAUCAUCUUACAUGGCAUCACCAUCUUCCAACUCAGUAAAUGAAGUUUUACCAUCAUCAAGUGCUGCAUUUACCACAACUCAGUCCCUCAGUUCAACUCACAUUGUUCCUACCCCAUCACCUCCAGUGGAUCCUCCCACCCAACCUCCUCUGACCACAGCUGGACCAGACCAACUGUCCAUCCUACAAUGGUUUGGCAUUGCAGUAGGAGGGGCUGCAGUAUUGUUCAUUUUCUUUUUGCUCUUCCAUUGCUACCAACUCAGGCAACGUGCCAUUAGGAAACAAAAGAAAGAGAUGAAGAAGGAAAUAUUAGAUUUCUCACAGAGUAAUCGGAACGACCGCAUUAGCUCAUGGAGGAACAGCCUGGCAUUGGAUGCCAUGGCAACGCAUAUAGAACUUCCUCAUGAAGAUAGUAUGGACAUGCAAGCCAUGGACAAUCUUGGAUUUGAGGAAGUGUUCUUAGGGGAUGAACCAAAGUCAAACAACAACUAUUUUCUACCACAGACCAACUUGUGAUCAAUCUUGAAGCAUCAAUUAUUUUCUUCUGGAUUUACCUCUCGAUGACCAGUGUGGAACACAUCAUCUUGCUUUCGCUUUGAGAAACCUUCAGAGUGUUGGCGUGCAUGGAGCUUGUGGGAAGGACACACCAUUAGGUAAUUGAUGUCUAAUUGUCCCCAAAGUCACAAGUAAUUUUGUUCAGCCAAUGCAGACUUGAUAAGGUGGACCAGGCAUGCCUCUUCUGGUCACUUGAUCCAAUGGUAGUGAUUCACUUGGACUGUAAAGUAUGCUCAUGUGGCAUUUGUCUAUUAAAGGGCUGUGCGAUCAUCUGAUUGAGAGGUUUUCACACCUAUUGCAUUUGUUAUGUACAUGAUCAGCAGCUUGAAGAUGAAAGACCAAGAUGCAAACUGGUGUUGUUUUUUCAUGUUUGAACGUAUAAACCUCUGUUCAUGAGGCGCUCUUACAACUGCUCUAUUAAGAGCCCUUGACAAACAACUUAAGCCAUUCUUAUGAUCAUCGUAAUAGUUUUAAGUCUUCUAGAAUUGUCUCUCAAUCCUACAAAAUCUUGCAUGGUUCUUAUGACAAUUGUGUGGAGUCUGCCUUACAAAGAGGGGGUUUUCUAUGAUUUUUAAAAAAGCAUGGACCAUGUACUCAAGCUGCGAACACCAGCUUCGUACGGCCUUCUUGAGAAGAUCCUACGGAAUGGAAUAAAAAUCAUCCAUACAGUGUUCGGAGCAGUUCUAAGUGGUAUUUUGUUACUUACAUGUAGCCAUUAUUAAAAUGAAAAUGGUAUUCAAUUAAGUCUAAUAGUAUGUAUUCAAGGUAUUUUAUCUUUAUGUAUCACUGAAUUGGUUUUAAUGACACAGUUUAUGUCUGGAGCCAGAUAUUUAUAUAUAAUACAAGUAUUAUGAUUUUAUAACCACAGUACUCAGUAUGCACUCCACUUUAUAUUCCAACCCCAUUCCUUUUCCAGAAUAGAAGCAUGCAUGAUUUUGUUGUGAUUAUUCAAAAGAUGUAUUUCAUUACUUAAUUUAUUACUUGAUAUUGCAUUUUAUAUAUGGAUACAUACUCUUUUUAUGUAAUUUGUAUAUAGGCCAAUAUAAUGUAUAUUUCAAAACAUUCUCUUUUACUCAUAUUUGUGUGAAGUUUAAGAAGUACUAAAAAUAGUGUCAAUUAUUAUUGUGUGCAGGUUCACUAAUGAUAAUAAUAAUAAUAAUAGUAGAUGCUUAUAUAGCACAUAAUAUUCUACAGAAUCUCUAUGUGCUUUACAAGGGAGGUAAUUCAGGUAUAUACUAAAAGAAUAAAGUACAUAAAUACUAAAUUAAAGAUUAACAAAACAUUGCAACACGUAUUCUAAACCAAUAAUCUAACAUGAGAACAACUAUUUUUUUUAAGAUUUGAGAAAGGUGGAAGUACAUGUGAUGGCCCUCAGAUUAUUAGGCAGUUUAUUCCACAGUACAGGUGCUGCUAACUGAAAGGCACAAUCAUCAAACGAACAUGUUUUAGAUGUUGGUACAGUUAAUAAAUUCUGGCUAGAAGAACAGAGAUUCCUUUGUGGGACAUAUUCAACAAUCAGAUUAUAUAGGUACAAUUGGGACUUACUAACUAAUGUUUUAUGACAUAUCGCUAUUAUCUUGAAAACAAUCCUCUUCUGUACAGGCAACCAAUGCAAGUGCGACAACAA